GCAACAUGUGUUGUCUGUUAAAGGUUUACAUGAUUUUGGUUUUGCAGAAAGAAACUUUUGCAACAGCUGCUUAUCCAUCUUCAACUAUCCGUGUCAAAGCAGCUGAAAAGCUGCAAUCAAAGGAUCGGCCAUGCUUGGAGACAUUACUGCAAGAAUGUUUACAGUGGCUGUGGUCUUCUUGGCUCUUUCUGGGACUGAGGACAAGUGGGUUUCAAGAGCUGAAAAAGACUUUUCAUCAGUUACUUUGCCAAAAUGGAAUGCUACUUCAGACAACUCUCAAACAAGAAUGCCAGCAACUCUACUUCCUACUACACCAAAUCAGCUCUUAUGCCCACUCAACUGCAAUUUUGACACGAAUAUUUGUGGAUGGGAGCAGCUCACUCAGGACAGCUGUGACUGGGCAAGACAUUCAAGAUCCACACAUGCAAAUUUCACUGGACCAAAUGAUCACUCAACUGGAGCUGGUUUCAACUUGUACCUUAAUGGAGAUGGUGUGACCCAUGAGGACUCUGCUCGCUUGCUUAGUUCAGUGUGCCAACAUGGUGGCCCACUUUGCUUGCACUUUUGGUACUACAUGUACGGUUCUGCCACAAGCAUGGCUCUCAACAUUUACUUGCUCCAAAAUCGUACAGUAACAAAGCUCUGGUCUGUAAGAAACAACCAAGGACCAGAAUGGCAUCUGGGAAGUGUUGAUAUUGAAGUCAACAACUCAUUCCAUAUCAUGCUGGAAGGAAUAAAGGAGUCUAAAGCCCAGUCUCAUGUGGCCAUAGAUGACAUUUCUAUUGACUUUGGCUCAUGUUCAGAACUUGAAAAUCUUGGAACUGCACUUCCUUUGUCAACGACGGCAGCUCCAUCCCACCAAAGCACCGUCUGUAACUUUGACUGUAGCUUCAAUGGAAACUUGUGCACAUGGAGUCAAAUGGUCACUGAUGCAUUUGCCUGGACAUUGAACGAUGAGUCGAAUUCUGACCAGAUAAAUGGCUCUUCUCCUAAACUUACUGGGACCUCCCCGACGGCUGUGCCGCCCGCUCUCAAUGGGACCUCCCAGACGGCUGUGCCGCCCGCUCUCAAUGGGACCUCCCAAGCUCCAGUACUGAGUGAAUGCCAGUUUGACUGUGACUUUGAGCAGGAUUUAUGUGAAUGGAAUCAUCUGUUCACUGAUGUGUUUGACUGGGAAAGGCAUAAUGCUUCAACUUCCAACAAUACAAGUCCUUCAAUAAAAGGUGACCACUACCUAUCCAUCAAAGCCAACAGAGUGACAUAUGGAGAUGCAGCUCACCUCAUCAGCCCUAAAUGUUAUCACACUGGACCACAUUGUCUGCAGUUUAGGUACUACAUAGCUGGCUCUUAUAAAACUCUGGGGAUCAGUGUAUAUCUGCUUCAAGAUAAAAAAAUUGAUACAAUAUGGAAAAAAACAAAUGAUCAAGGAAACAUGUGGCACCUUGCUCAAGUGGACAUGGUUACAUCUCAAGCAUUCCAGAUGAUUUUUGAGGGGCAAAGUGGAAUUGGUGGGCAAACUGAAGUGGCUAUAGAUGACAUUUCUAUCCAUAAUGGAUGGUGCAAAGGUGAACCAAAAACAAAUGCUACCAAUGGCAACCAAGUUCACACUACAGAUCGACCAGAUUCUACAAAUGAAACUGUAAAUCUGCCUACGAUGAAAACGGUUGAGCCAAUAAAAAAUGAAACCAGCGGCAAUCCCAGUUCUACAACAGCUCAACCUGCAUCAACCAAUGGAACAUCAAGCCCGCUUCCAACAACUACAGCCACAGCCCACACAACCCAGAGUAGUGAAACGAGUAGUGAAACAGUUGCCAACAAUGUUUCUACUACAGCUCAACCUGCAUCAACCAAUGGAACAUCAAGACCCCUUCCAACAACUACAGCCACAGCCCACACAACCCAGAGUAGUGCAACAGUUGCCAAAAAUGUUUCUACUACAGCUCAACCUGCAUCAACCAAUGGAACAUCAACUACAGCCAAAGCCCACACAAACCAGAGUAGUGAAACAGUUGCCAAAACUGUUUCUACUACAGCUCAACCUGUAUCAACCAAUGGAACAUCAAGCCCGCUUCCAACAACUACAGCCACAACCCAGAGUAGUGCAACAGUUGCCAAAAAUGUUUCUACUACAGCUCUACCUGCAUCAACCAAUGGAACAUCAAGACCGCUUCCAACAACUACAGCCACAGCCCACACAAACCAGAGUAGUGAAACAGUUGCCAACAAUGUUUCUACUACAGCUCAACCUGCAUCAACCAAUGGAACAUCAAAACCACUUCAAACAACUACAGCCACAGCCCACACAACCCAGAGUAGUGCAACAGUUGCCAAAAAUGUUUCUACUACAGCUCAACCUGCAUCAACCAAUGGAACAUCAAGCCCGCUUCCAACAACUACAGCCAAAGCCCACACAACCCAGAGUAGUGAAACAGUUGCCAACAAUGUUUCUACUACAGCUCAACCUGCAUCAACCAAUGGAACAUCAAGACCGCUUCCAACAACUACAGCCACAACCCAGAGCAGUGCAACAAUUGCCAAAAAUGUUUCUACUACAUCUCAACCAGAUUAUUCUAAUGAAACCUUGACUCAGCUUCCAACAACUACAUCCAAAGCCCAGAUAACCCCUGGUAAUUCAUCAAGUACCCACAAUGUUUCUACUACAGCUCAGCAAGAAUUUAAAAAUGAAUCUGUAUCUCUGACGGUUGAGCCACAAAGGAAUGCAACCAGUAGCCAACUAAAUUCUACAGCUCAACCAAAAUCUACAAAUGAGACCUUACCACUGAUUCAAACAGCCAUGUCCAAUCCCCAAUUGACCCAGGGUAAUGAAACCAGUUCUCCUCAGGGUUUUUCUAAAGCUAAAGGAGUAUUUACAAAUGAAACUCUGCCCCAAUUUUCCGUUGGUGAAGGGCACCUUUCCCUGGGUAAUCUAAGUAGUGGCUGGCAGAGUUUUGCCAUGGCUCAACAGUCUACCAACAAGAGUUUUUCACAAAUUAUAACAAAUUAUUUUCAAACCUCUUCACUGCCAGUUUUAUCUUCAUCUUCAACUACACCAACUAUGGUACCAGUAACAAAUAUUCAAACACCUUCUUGUGCAGCUAACAGCCAUUUUACCACUUGCAUCCCUUCAUGCAACCCAACUUGUAGACACCCGAAUGGCCCACCACAGUGCCAAGACAAAAAAUGUGUGGCAGGCUGUGUAUGUGAUGGCAGCUUUGUACAAAAAGGGAGGGUUUGCGUGCCUUUAAAUGAAUGUGGCUGUGUGGCAAAUGGCACUACUCAUCAGUUCAAUGAAGUGUGGUACACCAGUCAUUGCAUUCAGAAAUGUGAAUGUGGAGAAAAUGAUUUUGGAUCAUUCCAUUGUUCUGAUGAGGGUUGUGGUGGCGAUGCUGUGUGCAUUCCAAAUCAGAUGAACCAGUAUUUUUGUACAUCUACAGGUUUCAGGGAGUGUAUCAUUAAGGGAGACCCAGAGUACAAAACAUUUGAUGAAACGAAGCAUGACUUUGAUGGGAAACACUUGUAUGUGUUGGUCCGGACCAAAAACUUGCCAAGUAACCUCCCAGACAUUUACAUAGAAGUUGUCAACAACAAAUGCAACUAUGAGAAAUAUAAUGAAAAUGCUGAAGUCAAAGGCAGCAAAAAUGGUGUCAAGAAUGAAGCUACUGGGACACCUGAAGGAUUCCAAGAGCUUAAAAUCAAUGUGUACAAUGUCACUGUGGAACUUAAGCAGAAAGGCAAAGUGUUUGUGAAUGGACAACAAAUUGAAACUUAUCUUUCACCCACUCCUGGGCUGGAAAUCUAUGAACAGUCGUCUUCGUUCUUCCUGAGGACGGAUUUUGGUCUUGCAGUAAAAACUAGUGGACAUUGUAAAACUGAAAUCUUGCUACCAAACUUUUAUAAAAGGAGAGUGGAGGGCUUGUGUGGGAACUUUGAUGGCCGAAUGGUAAACGAUCAAGUUAAAUCUGACGGAUCUAUGGCUAAAAACACUCAAGAGUUUGGGGAAAGCUGGAGAGUUUAUGGAAGAUGAGUACAUCUGUCAAUAAAUAUCUUUACUGACAA